AUGGAACUGCUUCAAGGCCUUGAAAUCCCUUAUCAGGGCCUCAAUAUCCAUACGAUGAAAUACCAUGCCUUUGCAGAUGACGUGAACCUUUAUUUGCGUGAUCUCAAAGACUACAAAAAGGCAGCAGAAAUCAUUGAACAUUUUGAGUUGGCCAGCAAUAGUCAACUCAGCCUGGCCAAGUCCAAACUCAUAGGACUUCAACCAGCCUUUGUCAAUCUUCAUCAAAGGAUCUUGCCUUUUGAACAUCUCUAUCUAGGCUCUGCAAACAUGAAAUAUUUGGGACUCUCGUUGAAGGGAGUUAAUUGGAAAGCUUUUAUGGACAACUUGCCGUUCAUGACUCACAUAAAUGGGUACAAUCAUUUGGAUUUGAUCAGCCGAGCUCUCGGCACGAACAUCUUCAUCUGCUCGAAGACAGUCUACAAAGAUUUGGUUCAUUGCAUGACUCAAAGAGAAGUCAGAAACUUAGACCAUGCUAUCAAAAUGCGCUUCAGAAAUAUUGGAGACGAGAAGGUUUACGCUCGUCCCAAAAAAGGAGGGUACGGUCUUAUUCGACUAGAGAAACAACUCUUGGGUCAUAGGGCCAAGGUAAUACUCACUACAUUGAAGGACACCGGAUGGUAUGCUACUUUCCUUCGGUUGAAAAUGAUGCAUCAUUUCACUAAAAUAGACCGCAGAAAUAAACAUGUCACGGUGGAUGAAAUUGAGAAUUCCCUGAUAGCGGACUUUCUCUUUGAUUCCACAGAUGCUGUCUUCCAUCGUCUUGAUUGGACAUUUACACCCAAUGAGAUUGAAUACAUUAAUGCAUGGAGAACCUUGGUACCUCGCUCUCGCACCUAUCCGAGAACGACUUGGCGGAUGACGAGAGAACAACUCCUCAUCCAAGCCUCGACGAUACCAACGAUUACUUCGCAAGAGGAACAGGUACUCUCAAAUGUACCUUUCCGCUCUCUCCAUCGAUUGGCACAAGAAGCGGAGCCACCCAUCAUGCCUGGUCGCUUUACAGAGCUCUGCCCUCCAGCCCGCGUUAUCAAACGAUGGGAUGUCUUUUGGAAGGCACUCUAUAAGGAAGAAUGGCUAAAGCGAAAUGACUUCACUGCAUUACACCUAUUCAAUUUCGGGUCUUAUGUCCCGGUUCAUGAUGACAAGAAUCACAGCGAACCGUUGACAUGUCGCCUCUGUUGUGAGCCUACACGAUCUGAUCAAAUCCAAAAACACCUUUACAACUCUUGCGAGAGCUCCAAAUAUUGGUGGCGAAAACUAGAGUUUCCUCGCCCAAUGAACUUGGAAGAAAUGUUGGCUCCGGCUGACACAUCUUUCCACAAUUUACGCCGAUUAAAUCGGUUUGUCAAAGUCGUCAAAGCGACAUAUCACAGCCGGUACAAAAAUACCCGUUCCGAACAUCUCCCACUUGAGCCUCUUCUGACUCGCGAGUUAGAUCAGGCUCUUGUACGGCUCCUAUGGGACGAUGACAGAAGCGCUGGCUUCCUGGGUAAGUUUCUGGUUGGCUCUUUGGCCCCCCAGUGGGUUGGGUGCGGAGCUGGUCUACGUAGCAUGCUAUGUGGACGCCCGGAGCUUACGCAGAUUUGA